GAACCAAACACUUUAUAAUAUAAAGUUGAAUUCAGCAAAACAUCAGCAGCUACAGACGCUAAAGACACCAGAUCUCCACUGCUUUAACAAGAUAAACAACAACAUGUCUAAGUCAAUGGAACGGGACCUGAGGAUUGUUCUCUUGGGAAAGACUGGUGUUGGAAAGAGUGCAUCAGGAAACACCAUUCUUGGAAAAAAGAGUUUCACCGAAGACAUAUCUUCUGUAUCAAGAACAGACAAAUGGAAAAAGGAAACAACAGAGUUUGAAGGAAAAACUCUGACCGUCACAGAUACUCCGGGCUUGCUUCACACCAGCAAAGAUCGAAAGGAGUUGGUCAAGGAGAUUGUGGAAACCACCUUGAAAAUUCAACCUGGUCCCCAUGUGCUUCUAUUGGUCCUAAGGCUGGGCUCAUUCUCAAGAGAAGAUAAAAAAGUGCUGGAGACAUUUCAGAAGGUCUUCACAGAUGCAAAACCUUACACCAUUGUCUUGUUCACCAAUGGGGGCCAACAUGAGGCUAAAGAGUUCAUGGAUAGGAAUCCGAGAAGUAAUGAAAUCAGGAAAGCGCUCCCACUUGCUCAUCCAGGUCCUCACGUGUUCCUGAUUGUGUUGGAUCUUCAGCGCUUUACACAAGAAUGCCAGGAAAUGGUGGAAAAGAUUUGGAAAUCUUUUGGUGAAGAUGCAGCCCAGUUUGCUGUGGCUUUGUUCACCCAUGAAGACGAGCUGAAAAAAAGGGGAAAACCCAUUAAGAAGUUCAUUGGCGAGUCAACAGAACUGAAUAACUUUGUCUCUAAGUGCAAAGGUGGGUUCUACACUGUUGAUAACAACAACCAGGAUCCAGCUGAAGCCACUAAUCUUCUUCAGUUCAUUAACAAUGUGGUCAACAAAAAUGGAGGAAAGGCUUACACCCAGGAAAUGCUGGAAAAGGCAAUGAGGAAUUCUGGAAUAAGGAAAAAAAUUGCACUCUCUGUAAGUGGGACUGCUAUGGCUGGAGCAGGUGUUGGAGGCAUAGCGACAUACUUUUCUGGGAGCACAAUUGGAGUUCCAAUAGGAGCUGCAGCAGGGGGUGCAGUCGGGGGUGUAAUGGGAGGGGUGGGCAUCGUCGCAGCACAACAUAUCAAGGCAAAUAACUGUGUUAUACAAUGAAUAUUUCUGACUGAAAUUAUUAGAUGCAGUCAGAAGAGCCAAACAGAGAUGUUAAAAAACAAAAUAGCUUCUGAGACUCAAAAUACAAGACAGUUACCAAAGAUAAAGCAUGUCAAAACUAAAUGUCCACAAACAAUAUGCAUAAUGGGGUCCACAGUUCAUGCAGCCAUUUCUUACUAUUACUUUGCCCAAAUACUUCCAAGCUCCUAAAACCUGGGAACAUCACCAACCAGAUGUGGCUUAAACUGGUCAUACAUGUGUUUCUGUUUGCUCAUUAGUUUUUUAAUUUUAAUGUUUUUCUUUUCAUGACCCCCAAAAACACCUGAUUCAGGUGGUGUUUUAAUGUCAUAAAUCAAUCUAUACAGUACCUGCUUUGUAUAAUGCAUGGUGAUAAUAUAAUGUGUUAUAUGUGUCAAACUAUCUGAGUGAAUGACUUGACCUCUGUUGUAUAUAAUAUAUUGUUGUUACUAUGUAUCCACUUGCCACGGCUAUAUAUAUAAAUAUAUAUGAAAACAUGAAACAACAUGAAACAACCAGGAACUAAUGUGUUCUUCACAUGUUUUUUGGGUUCUAAAACAGUAAAAUCCUUCUGAAGCUACAGCCUUUCACUGAGGCCAGUAAUGAUAUUAAAAAAGUUGUAGUUUAACUAAAAUGUACAAAAAAACAUUUGUUGGACCCUCUGAUUUAAAAGUUGCUAUCACUUUCAGAAAUAUAGUAAAAUGCAUGUGUAAACAAGACAAUAAAACAUAUAUGACCCAUAGUACAUGGUGGUGGUAUGUUGUUCUGUAACAUUUUGCAGAGUAACAAGAGUUCAUGUGACUCAGGCUGUCCUUAAUCACAGAUUGAGCAUAGAGUCUAUUUACUUAAUGAAAUGCAGCCCUCUGCUGGCCACAAGAGAAAAUACAG